AAAUGUUUAGCAUAUAUUUGAUACUCAAAGAAACUCCCAAAUUUUUGGAUCCCAAGAAAAUAUAACCACUUAAAGUGGAAUAAUAAUUGUUAGGAACAAGAAAGCAAAAAUCUGAAAUCAUAACCGCAGAAUUUGAUCAUCUUAUAAAGCUUUUUUCCUUUUAAGAUAAUCUCCAUAUAUAUAUAUAUAUAUAUAUACGCAUACAUCGACGAGAACAAGAGAGAGCCAUGCCCAUAGUUUAGUUAAAAAUUCUGCGUGAUCCUAGAGUUGCAGGGAGAAAAAGAAUAAGAAGAUUAAGGCAUGGACUCGUCUACGUUCUCAUCUAUAUCAAGAGGAUCUUCCCUUGGAGACUCCUCAGAGCUGGAUGCACAUUUAAGUCUGAGCGAUAGGCUUAAGGCCUUCAAGACUUCUCAUUUCGAUCCUGACGCCUACAUUACCUCUAAAUGUUACACCAUGAACGAAAAGGAGAUUAGGCACUUGUGCUCGAACCUGGUCGAUCUGAAGAAAGCUUCUGCCGAGGAAAUGCGUAAAAGUGUUUAUGCUAACUAUGGCGCCUUCAUUCGUACAUCAAAGGAGAUAUCUGAUCUUGAGGGGCAGCUUCUUUCCAUGAGAAAUCUCCUAUCAAGUCAGGCAGCUUUUGUUCAUAGUUUGGCUGAAGGAGUUCGUCUUGAUUCACUAUCAAGCGAUCAAGAAGAUUCAGCUCUAGAAGAUACGUCCGAGGAAAACAUACAACAUUCCAAGAUGAAGAAUUGGCUUGUGGAGUUUCUUGACACUCUUGAGGUUCUCUUGGCUGAGAAAAGAGUGGAUGAAGCUUUGGCCGCCUUGGACGAAGGAGAAAAGAUUGUGGAAGAAGCCAACCAAAGACAAGCCCUGAACACAUCUUCAUUAUUGUCAUUGCAAGCUGCUGUAAGUGAACAAAGGCAGAAACUGGCUGAGCAACUAGCCGAAACCAUGAGCCUAAGUUCGAUUCACGGUGUUGAACUGCGUUUGGCUGUUUUAGCCUUGAAAAAACUAGGAGAUGGUCCUCGUGCUCACACGUUGCUGCUUAAUUCUCAUCAACAGAGGCUCCAAUCUAGUGUUCAGAGCUUUCGCUCACCGAGCAACUUGUGUGGAGGAGUUUAUGCUACGGCUGUUUCACAGCUUGUCUUCUCAACCAUUGCUCAAGCUGUGAAUGACUCUAUGUUGGCUUUUGGAGAGGAACCAGCAUACACGUCUGAGCUUGUCACUUGGGGUGUAAAACAGACUGAAGCUUUGGCUCUUCAUCUAAAGAGGCAUGUUUUGGUGUCUUCAGCUGCAUCAGGGAGUCUACGAGUGGCUGCAGAGUGUGUUCAAGUAUGUUUAGGCUAUUGUUCAUUGUUGGAAGCUCGUGGACUGGCGCUUUCUUCUGUCUUGUUAAGGCUCUUUAGACCCUUUAUUGAACAGACAUUCAGCGCUAGCUUGAAGAAGAUUGAGCAGAGCAGUGCAGCGCUAGCUGCUGCAGAUGAUUGGUCUCUUGUUUACCUGGCAGGAACUCGUCCAGUAGGCUCCGCCAUGUCUGUUGGUGGGCCAAAUGCUUUUCAGCCAAAGCUCUCCAGUAGUGCUCACAAGUUCAGUUCAAUGGUUCAGGACUUUAUUGAGGAUGCCGGGCCACUUGAGAGUUUGCAAAUGGAUAAUCUAACGUUAGAGGGAAUGCUACAAGUGUUCAAUUCCUAUGUCAACUUGCUGAUAAAUGCAUUGCCUGGUUCAAUAGAGAAUGACAACUUGGAAGGUUUCGGGAACAAAAUUGUGAAACUUGCUGAAACUGAAGCCCAACAGAUAGCUUUGCUGGCAAAUGCCUCAGUGUUGGCAGACGAGAUACUCCCUCGAGCUGCUUUAAAACUUAUGCCUUUGCAGCAGCAGACCAAUAGAUCAUCGGAGACUCCAAGGAAAGCUCCUUCAGAUAGGCAAAACCGUGUCCCGGAACAAAGGGAAAUGAAAAAGCGGCUGCAGCGCGCGGUUGACCGCCUUCGAGACAGCUUCUGUCGCCAACAUGCCCUUGAUCUCAUCUUCACUGAAGACGGAGAUACUCAUCUUUGUGCACAAAUGUACACAAAUAUGGACUCAUAUGCAGAUGAGCCAGAGUGGUUUCCUUCUCCAAUUUUUCAGGAACUUUUUGUGAGACUAACACGGAUUGCCAGCAUUGCAUCGGAUAUGUUUGUGGGAAGGGAAAGAUUUGCAACUGUUCUGUUAAUAAGACUUUCAGAGACUUUGAUCCUGUGGCUCUCAAAUGAUCAAAACUUCUGGGAGGAAAUAGAGUCAGGACCACAGCCAUUAGGUCCUCUUGGCCUUCAACAGUUCUAUUUGGAUAUGGAGUUUGUGAUGCUUUUUUGUUCCCAAGGCCGUUAUCUCUCUAGGAAUCUACAUCAGGUUAUAAAAGACAUUAUUGGUAGAGCGAUGCAAGCAGUUUAUGCUACUGGAAUAGAUCCACAAAGCGUAUUGCCAGAGGAUGACUGGUUUGCAGAAGUGGCCCAAAUAGCAAUAAAGAUGUUAAGUGGUAAAGCCAACUUAUUUGGCAAUGGAGAACGAGAUGUAACCAGCCCUACUUCAUCUUCCAUCUAUUUUCAUGGGAGUAACUUAGAGUGAAAUCUAUGAAUGGUCAGCUCAAACUUUGUCUUAAUUGCCUCCUCAGAUACUUUGUUUCGAAGACUUCAUUUUAUGUUUCUAGAUUAUAGUACUUAGACCAUAUCAACUUUUGUAUGGUUAAUAAGUUUUCAUAAGCCAUUGAUAUAUUCCAUCGCUAUGAAUCAAGUGUUAAAGAAUA